AUGAUUCCGAUGGAUUACCCCGUCAUCUGGCUACAUUCGGAGGAGGACGACCAAAGGAACGAGUUUUGCCACACGGAGAAUUCCCUAGUGGAAUAUUCCGGCGAGCUUUUUUUUGUAGAACGAUUCAUUGCCGAAUCCGUGGACUCCAAUGGCUGCGCUUUCGAUACCCAUCUCUGCUACUCUCCAAAGAAGGGGUGGGAUGAUAGUAGACCUUACAAAACAAUGAACUUCAAUGUUUAUAAAUUCGAUCCGGAGAGUAGAUCUUUUAGGUUCAUGGAUAGCUCGUUGGACGGUCUCGUGUUUUUUAUCGGUAGAAAUCACGCUUUUGCCAUCGCCGCCGCCAGCGAAUAUCCGGAAUUGAAAGCGGAUUCGAUUUACUACACGGAUGUUACCAACACUAGCUACGCUAUACAAAAGAUUGACUACGGUGGGCACGACAUCGGCAUUUUUAGUUACAAGGAUCAGGUGAAGUUGCUGUCAAAAGUAAAGCAUGAAAAUCUUGUCGGACUUGUGGGGUUCUGUGAAGGAAAUGGUAAAGGAAAGGGAGGAAGUAUUUUAACUUGGAGGGAAAGAGUAAAUAUAGCCAUUGGAGCAGCUAAAGAAAUUACAUUUUCAAAUUGUUGCCAAUAUGUAUUAGGGAUAGCCCAUCUGCACGAAGAGAUUAGUCCGAGUAUAAUCCACCGUGAUAUAAAACCGAGUAAUAUAUUAAUCGGAGAUGGAUUUGAGGCCAAGGUAUCAGAUUUUGGGCUCGUUCGAUCGGGUCCAGACGGGGAUAAAUCACACGUUACGAGUCAGUUAAAAGGGACACCUGGCUAUAUGGAUCCCGCUUAUUGUUCGAGCUUCCAUUUGACUCCGUUUACCGAUGUGUAUAGUUUUGGAGUGAUACUUCUUCAGCUUGUUACUGCUAGGCCUGCAGUCGAGUCUAGUAGGAGUAGUACCCAUUCUCAUAUCAUUCAUUGGGCAAGCCCUAGCAUCGAGAAAGGUAGGGUUGAAGACAUAAUCGAUACAAAUCUUCUAGUACAAGGGUGCAACAUGGAAAUAAUGCUAAAAAUCGGACAACUUGGUCUUAGAUGUGUGGUGAAAGAGCCCAAAGAAAGGCCUACAAUGACACAAGUGUGGCAAGAACUCGAACAAGCCCUAGAAUCGGUCGACGGCUUAUUAUUACCAAUCGCGAGUCGGCUCCACGGGAACCGCCACUGCCACCCGAAGAGCGGAUUGCCAAAACAGUCUUCAAACGGCAUUGUUUUGUGA